GGCGACUUUUCGGCCGAGAUUAGUGUGCUGGCACAGCGGCCGCCACAAAAAAGCCCUUUGUGCGAGGGAGCAAGGCACCGGCGCUGCCCAGGACUUUGUUUACGGUGGGUCUUUGUGCUGCUCCCGGGGCAGAGUCUGGAGACCCGAGGGCCGCCUCGCUGCCAGCCGCAGCGCUGAGGGCAGAAGGAGGGGCAGGGUGCCCCGGGGGAGCCUGGCUGCCUUCGCAGGGCCGGGCAGCGCUGCUUGUCGCGGUGCCCCGAGCGAGCUCAGUCUGUGGCUGAAUGCCUGUAGUAAGUAUUUGUUUUGCAGCUGGUAGCACUGCUAGCAGGGAACUUCUUCCCUGCUUCACACACCAUGGAAGAAGAAAAUGGGGUGCCUGAGAGUAGUGAGCGUUUGGAGCUGGAGACUGCAGCAGUCAAGGAAGUUGAGCUUUUCACUACUUUUUCUGUGAAAACGCUUUUUGGAUUGACAGCUAAAAUUGACUCUACAACUUCCAAAGAAGAUACAACAGUGCUUAAAGCAUUUCAACCUUUGCACCCCAGUGUCAACACCCAGGCUAGCAUCUGGCACGUGAGGAAUGAUAAUGAUGGCAGUGAGGGCUCAGAAAAUCAGCACCCAGUGAAUAGUACCAGUGGCCAAGCUGACCCCAUGGCUGGCAGGCAAACUGACCUGGACCUGGACUUAGCUGAACAAAAUGAAUUACUUCUUCACCAUCUGAGGUGCGUACAGGCGUCUUUGUCUGAAUCUGACAAUGAUGACAAGGACGCCAUUCUUGUGCAGGGGACUUUGGUUCAUACAACAAGCGAUACAGAAUCGGACGCGGAGAGUAAGGAUCUAGACACCGACGCAAACAGCGCAAGCGAUUUGGGGCUGGAUAAUGCUGCUGUGUCUGCUGAGGCUUUGGGUGAUAACAAUCAACAUAAAGAAGACUCAGAAGGGCACAGCAACAGCGAUGCCACUGUAUCUGUGGAUACAGAUGACAUUGAGUUACACCCAACACUUUCUGAGCAGCUCCCAGAUGAGAUGGAUGGUAUUCUGGAGCAUGACUCCUGUGGCAGAGACAGACUAUUAAUGGACGAGCAGUUCAGUCGCUUGCUUGCUACAGGGGAAUGCCCUCCAGAACUUCUACCUGAGGAACAAAGACCUUCAGCUGAUAAUACCUUGCUCCAAAAAACAGCGCUGGCUGAAAAGACUUUCCAGCUGCCUGCUUUCUUCAGUGGACUACGUGUGAGGAAAAAGGGACUAACCACAGAGUAUGGGGAAACUGUUACAGAAAUUAAACCAAGGGAGAACGAUUUAGCGCUGCUCAAAUUACGCCAGCCAGUUAAGAAAUCCAGUGUUACGUCAGGUUUGACCACUAAAAGAAGAUCAGCUGAACCUAAAGCGAGUCCUACUUUCCUGGAACAGCUCUCACACUUGUUAAACAUAGACGUCUCCAAGAAUGAAGGCAGAGCUGAGGACUCUGCUGAGGGAUCUGGGGAGACCGAGGACAGCGAUGAGGCUCCGGAGAACAAAGCCUCCAGCAAAACAGAGCCACGGUUUCCCUCCGAGGAAGUAAAGUCAAGCCCUGCUGAAUCUGCAUUGGAGGUCUUCAAAGCUUUGUUCACACGGCCUCCUAAAAAAGAAUCGACCGCGGAUACUUCAGAGCUGGAAGCCAUAAAGCGCAAAAUGAGGCAUGAAAAAGAGUACUUGAAAGCUGUCUUUGAAAGAUCAAAACCUGGGGAUGGACCAGCAGACAAGUCUCCUGACCUGAGUCCCUCAGAGCAAGAUGACAAGACUCCAGGGAGACUCCAGACUGUCUGGCCGCCACCGAAAGCAGAGCAUGAAGAAGUAAAAGUAGGAUUAAAGUACACAGAAGCAGAGUACCAAGCUGCCAUCUUGCAUCUGAAGAGGGAACACAAAGAAGAAAUUGAGACAUUAAAGUCUCAGUUUGAACUCAAGGUCUUCCAUAUCCGUGGAGAACAUGCUGUAUCCACUGCUCAGCUGGAGGAAGCCAUUGCACAGCUGAGGAACGAGCUGGAUAAUAAACUGAAGAGGAGGAACGAGAAAGCAAGGGACAUUGGUGUUUCUACCGAAGAUGAGAACCCCCCAAAGACCUUCCGCAACGUCUGUAUACAGACUGACAGAGAAACCUUCAUAAAGCCCAGUGAAGAGGAAAACAGAACUGUGAAAAAUAACCAAAUAGUACCCAAAAAGCUCAAUCUUUCCUCCUUGUCACACAGUAUUUCUGCCCAAAGUGAAAAUAAGGACAGUCACAAUGUACAGUCUUCAGAAAAUGUCUUAACCUGUCAAUCAAAACAAAUGCUGCCUCCUCCUCCUCCUCCACCACCGCCUCCUCCACCUCCUCCUCUGCUUCCUAGUUCUUCACUACCAGGUCAAGUUCCUCCACCACCACCUUUGCCAACAGGUCCAACUUGUCUGACACCUCACUUUGGCUCUGGCCAGCCUCUGCCACCUCCACUUUCUGAUGGCUGUAGGAAUUUUCAAGCACCACCACCUCCACCACCGCUUCCAGGGCUGGGCCCUGCUGUUCCCCCUCCACUGCCUGGAUCUGGGUUACCUCCACCACCUCCACCUCUUGGGCCUGGGUUCUUUUUUAAUAGCACUUUAUCUUCAAACCAAGGUCCUCGAAAACCUGCCAUUGAACCCAGCCGCCCCAUGAAGCCUUUGUAUUGGACACGGAUACAAUUACAAGACAGCAGGAAAACUGCUAUGCCAACGUUGUGGGAAUCACUAGAAGAACCUGAUAUACUUGAUACUACCGAGUUUGAAUACUUGUUCUCCAAAGACACCACUCAGGAAAAAAGAAAGCCAUUGUCAGAGACUUACGAGAAAAAACCCAAAGCCAAAAAGAUUAUCAAACUACUGGAUGGAAAACGGUCUCAAACUGUAGGGAUUUUAAUAUCCAGCUUGCACCUGGAGAUGAAGGAUAUCCAACAAGCUAUCCUGUGCGUUGAUGACUCCAUAGUAGAUCUGGAAACACUGGAAGCACUAUAUGAAAAUAGAGCACAAAAGGAUGAACUGGAGAAAAUCAAGCAAUAUUACCAGACUUCAAAAGAGGAAGAACUGAAGCUACUGGAUAAACCAGAACAGUUUUUAUAUGAGUUAUCUCAGAUCCCAAACUUCACUGAGCGAGCUCGGUGCAUCAUCUUCCAGUCCAUGUUCUCCGAGGGGAUCACAUCAGUGCAUCGCAAAGUCGACAUCAUAACACGGGUCUCCAAGGCUUUGCUGAACAUGACAAGUGUAAAGGAAAUUUUAGGAUUGAUUCUGGCUUUUGGAAAUUAUAUGAAUGGUGGAAAUAGGACCCGCGGUCAAGCUGAUGGAUUUGGGUUGGAAAUCCUCCCCAAACUAAAGGAUGUCAAAAGCAGAGAUAGUGGUAUUAAUCUCGUGGAUUAUGUCGUCAUCUAUUACCUACGCCACUGUGAUAAGGAAGCGGGAACAGACAAGAGUAUUUUUCCUUUACCAGAACCACAGGAUUUUUUCCAGGCCUCCCAAGUUAAGUUUGAAGACCUAAUAAAAGACUUAAGGAAACUGAAGAGAGAUCUAGAAGCCUCUGAAAAGCAGAUGAAGUUAGUUUGCAGAGAGUCUUCUGAGGAGCAUCUCCAGCCUUUCAAGGAGAAAUUAGAAGAUUUCUUCCACAAAGCUAAAGAAGAACAUAAAAAAGAAGAGAGCAGUUUGGAAAAUGCACAAAAAUGCUUUGAAGAAACAGUGGGAUACUUUGGGAUAAAGCCAAAGCCCGGUGAGAAGGAGAUUACACCAAACUACGUGUUCACGGUGUGGUACGAAUUCUGCAGCGACUUCAAGACCAUUUGGAAACGAGAGAGCAAAAGCAUUUCCAAGGAAAGAAUUAAAGUGGCUCAGCAGUCAGUGAGCAAGUUAACUGCAGAGAAGAGAGUUGAAACGAAGAAAAUCAACCCCACAGCCAGCCUGAAGGAAAGGCUACGUCAGAAGGAAGCCAGCGUGAGUGCCAACUGAGAGAAGGCUGAUGGAAAUGGUGAUGUGACUUCAUCCCUUGCAUGAUCCUUUGCUACACCUGUGGCCCAGAAAGCACCUUGUGUUAGAUACUGGAUUCUGCUUUGCUGCUCUCUUCCAAGACAAUCCACGAAAGACUUCUCUGGUUCUGUACAGUCAGUGAGGGAACUCUUAAGAAGAUUUUUAUACAGGAAGUGAAAAUUAUUUUCUUCAGCUCUUCCUUGCAUUGCUUAGAAUGCAUCUGGUUGUUAAUGGUUACUUAAAGUCCCCUAAUGCAUUACCAUGGAAGAGCUAAACUGGAGGUUUGGGAUGCUGAGUUAAGUGCUAACUAACAACCCGUAGGUUAUUUACAGGGCUUUCUGUAGGUGACAGCAAAUAAGCCAUGUGAGUCACAGGAGACUUGGCCAUCCUGCUACUUCUUACUUCAGCAGUCAAUGAGGUAAAACAGACUGGUUCUGAAUAAUUUUACACAGUGUCUAAGGAUUGGAUGCAUCUUUCUAAACCUGAUUAAGUGUAAUUCUAGAUAUAUGAUGUAUUUUACUAUAAAUAUUUUAUAGAGGCUUCAGCUUAUGCCAUAUAUUGAAACAGAAAGAAAGUUUUGCACAUGAAAAGGAAUAGCUUCAGAUUCUUUAGUUUUGUGAUUAAUGACCUAACCAGCUCAUUAUUUUUAUGGUUUUAACCUGAUGUUUCCUAAAUUUUGUUCUCUGAAAGAAAGAUUAUUUAAAAAAGAAAAAAAUUAUAUUUUUAUUUCAGAAUAUAUUGAAAAUACCAAUUCCAC